AUGGCCGACGCACAGAAGCCCGUUGAGGUCCCCGAGACCACCCCGGCCGUUACCGAGCCCGUCGCUACCGAGACUGCUGCUCCCGCCGCCACCACCACCGAGACUGAGCCUGUCAUCGAGGCCGCCAAGACCGAGGAGGUUGCUGCGCCUGCCACCGAGGAGGCCAAGGCUGAGGAGACUGCGGCUCCUGCUGCCGAGGAGAAGAAGGUUGAGCCUGUCGAGGCUGGCACUCUUGAGCACAAGGGCGCCCCCGCCAGCUUCCCCAAGAACAUCAUCUACUCCAAGAACCACUUCUUCUUCGGCAGCGAGCCCGUCGCUGCCGACAAGCUGUCUGCUUACCAGAAGGGUGAGAAGGUCGCCGAGACUGCCCAGCACGUCAUCUCGUGGGCUGCCCACACCGGCAAGGGUCUGCUCUUCAUUGCCAAGGAGAACGACAAGUCCACCCCCGUCGGUGCUAUCCAGCUGUCUGAGGCUACUGAGCCCGCCACCGAUGGUGCCAACAAGUUCCACUUCACCUCCAAGGGCCACAAGCACACCUUCAAGGCCUCCUCCGCUGCUGAGCGUGACAACUGGGUUGCCCAGCUGAAGCUCAAGAUCGCCGAGGCCAAGGAGCUUGCCACAACUGUCACCGAGUCUGAGACCUACAAGACCACCCUUGAGAGCUUCAAGCCCGCCAAGAAGGAGACCGUUGCUGAGCCCGCCAAGGAGGAGGAGGCCGCGAAGACCGAGGAGACCAAGCCUGAGGAGGCUGCCGCCGUCCCCGUCAUUGAGGCCCCUGCCGCUGAGGCUGAGGAGCCCGUCAAGGAGGAGCCCAAGAAGGAGGAGGCCAAGCCCCGCUCUGCUAGCCGCAAGCGCACUUCCAUCUUCGGCAGCCUGCUCGGCAAGAAGGAGGAGCCCAAGGAGGAGGUCAAGCCUGAGGCCGCUGCUGCCACCGAGGAGGCCACCCCUGAGGUCGCCGCCGCUGAGCCCGUCGCUGAGGCUCCCGCUGCUGCCACCACCGAGGCUCCUGCUACCGAGACUGCUGCCACCGAGGCUGCCACCACUGAGCCCGCUGCUGAGAAGACCGAGGCUCCCGUCAAGCCUACUCCCACCAAGCGUUCCAGCAUCUUCGGCGGCUCUUUCUUCGGCAAGAAGAAGGCUGAGGCUGACUCUACCCCGGCCUCCCCUGCCGCUGAGACCGCCCCUGUCACUGAGGCCGCUCCCGUCGCCGAGACUGCCCCUGUCAUCCCUGCUGUCGAGACCUCCGCUCCCCUCUCUGCCGAGGUCAGCUCGCCCGCUACGGUCCCUACUGAGACCACCGAGGUCACCCCCGCCACUGGUGCUACUGAGACUAAGAAGGAGGUCAAGAGCGACAAGCGCAAGUCUUCGCUCCCCUUCCUCGGCAAGAAGGAGAAGGCCGUCAGCUCUGACGAGGAGGGCGAGAAGCCCAAGGGCGGCUACUUCUCCAAGCUCCGCCAGACCGUCAAGGGCAAGAGCAGCAAGCCCGCCGAGAAGGCUGCUGAGAAGCCCGCUGAGGACAAGCCUGCUGAGGAGGCUGCCGCCACCGAGGCCCCCAAGACUGAGGAGCCCGUUGCCGACGCUGCUAAGGUUGAGGAGCCCAAGGUCGAGGAGCCCGUCGUCGCUGCUCCUGCCACCGAGGAGGUCCCCGCCGCCGAGAAGCCGGCCGCUGCCACUCCCGUCACUGCUGCCGCAUAA